AUGAAAUUCUUGGAAACCAUAUGUGUUCUAUUUCCAGAUUGGGCGACCGCAAUUGGCUCAGAAAUAUCUGCACCAGCUGACCGCACACAAGGCACUACCGUAUCUGUUCAUUUGCGGAACCUUUAUUGGAAGUUGGAGUUCAGCUCAUCUAUAAGUGAACAGCAUAUCCAGAACUAUCACAAAAACGGUCAAAUACCACAGUUGAUCGAGUAUGUAUGUGGAAAGGAGCACAAGAAGACUAAGAAAACUACUAAGAAGACGUCAUCAUGA